GUUCAGCUUCCUCGUUUCUUUUUGGUUUUCUUCUUCUUAUCACGAGUCGAGGAGGUGGCCGGCGGCAGCACUUUGUGUGGUUCGCGCUCUUCGUGAAUUACAAAACAAAACACAACAAAAAUAACCAAACAACGAACAACAAUUACUUAGUCGCAUCGAAUCGUCGAAGUUGAAGGAGCAGGUGGUCUUUGCUUGGGGCCCCCAGCCCUGGGUUUCUCUCUCUUCUUUUGGACGGGAGCCGCCUUUCUCUCUCUCUCUCUGGGGGUGGUGUAUGGACGAUCUGGUGGGGACGGUGAUGACCACUCGUGACAACAACGACAGCAGCAACACCAGCAACAAGACGACGACCAUGCCACUCGGCGAAGAAGUUGAGCAGGACAUUAAACGAGAGGUGUUGACCAAUCUCUUGGAUUACUUGACCGAGCGGAUUCAGGCCGACAGACACUUCGCCUUUCUGCGUGCACGCAAAGUGCUGAGCCGCAGCGAUACGGAGGAAAUCUCGUACCAGUCGACGCGCCGACGGCAGGCCGAGCGACUCAUCGAGUUCCUAGAGCUGCAUCCGUUCGGGUUGGAUGGCCUGCUCAGCUCGCUUCAACACGAGGGCACGCAGAAGCACAUCGUGGACCGGCUGAACAAUGAGUGGAAACGGCUUAGGCUCACCAGGACUGCACAGAACCCAGCCAACGCAUUAGACCGCUCCUUCAGCAGCCCCAGCUGUUUCCGAACAGUGCAUCCUGAGAGUGAGAAAAGUGAUACUUCACUGGGGUCAUCAUGCUCUGGAAGCAGCUCUUACCAACACAGCCUCAGCGUUCCGGACAACUUGACUGGGUUGUCCCCAGACGCCUUAAGGCACUCUCCACAGUGCGUUGUUAAAAGUCCUCCGCAGCAGCAUUUGCACGAUUGUGACAAACAUUGUACCCAUAGCACACACUUUUCGUUCCAGAUUUCGAAUAUAACUUCCAGGCCAGGUGGUGCGUCAGACCAACCGUCGUACUACAGCAACCCACAUAUGCACACCACCUCAACACACGGAAGAAGCUCUCCAACUGCUGAGUCGAUGGCUUCAGUACAGCCAUUAAAAUCCCCCAAUGCUGAUAUGCUGCACAGAAUACAACCUGGUUUACAAAGCAAUCUAGGUGCAGAAUCUCCACAACUUCCCAGCUCAUCAAUCGAUCCUGCUGGCCCCAACAAUGACUGUAUGCCUCAAUCUUUGUCAAGUCAAUCUGUUCCUUUGAGAGAAUUUCAAAAAAUGAAUCUUAGAACAUCUCCUGAAAUUAGAAAACCAGUGGAAUCUGAUGAGUUUGGAAUGAUUUAUCAGCCUAAGAAUGUCGCUCUUAAUGCUGCUUCGACGGAUAGCUGUGGGAAAAAGUCACCUCCGAGUACCACGACAGGCCUUGGUAGCUACAUGAGCAUUUCUAAGGUGUGGCCGAGGGGUUGUGAGCCAGGCCAUUUGCCGAGGCCAGGUGAAGAGGGUGGUCCGCCACUGCCAGAGGAGGACCAAAGUGAUGAGGUGUGAAUGUAUGCAUUGUAACGGCAGCCCACGUGUGCUCAGAGAUUGUGCUCGGAUCUACUGAAAGAAGACGUCUUAUUAGAUGCAGCAACAAUUGUGCUGUCUCUUUAUUGGUUCUUUUACGUUUUUUGAUGAAAUGCCCAUUUCUUACCGGACUAUCAGAAUUGUGACGUCAAGUUUACUGACUAAAAGCCAAUCUGUCGUGUGGGUCUUGUAAUGUUAAUUGGCUUCACAUUGGCAACUUUUUAUAUAAAUUGACUUUUCCUCAUGGAGUUUUUAGCAUAAGGCACUGGAAUUUGGAUGCAUACGGCUUGUUUUUUUUUGCAACAAAACGUCUGUGAGUAAAAAGGGAAUUACUUACAAAGCCUAUCUAUUUAGGUGUGUCAGUAAUUUAUAUCAGGAUUCAAUAAAAUGUUCAAUGCAGUCAUUCUCAGUAAUUUAAUGAACGGGUUGGUCGAUGGUGUCGUGCAGGAGUUUUAAAUCAUGCUUUGUCACUUGUUACCAGCAUUUUGUCUGAUAACUAAUUUGAUCACGAAUUCCCCAUUCAAAAAGUAUUAUAAAAUUCAGUACUUGUGAUUUGUUCCUGAUUUUCAGAAUCUGAAAAUCAGAAAAUUGAGCCGGGAUGCUAAAUUUUGGAUCUGACAAGGGUACAUGCCUUUUGUGAUUUUUUUUUCACACCAAAGGUGAUGUGAAGUGGCAUUGAUUGAUGUCACUAUCAAUAGGACAAAGACAUUAAUUUGGUACAUAUUUUAACUCAGCGGUCCCCAACCUUUUUGGCAGCAGGGACUGGUUUCAUGAAAGACAAUUUUUUCACGGACCGGGGGUGGGGGGGGGCGGUUUAUCAUUGGGUCUUUCCCCCUUUUCAAAGAAGCUCUUCAGCGACGUUUGUUUUUUACUCAUUUUGGCUCGGGUUCGCUUGUGGGCUUACCAAAACUGUGACUAAGACAAGUGCAGCAGUGCGGGAAAAAGGUGCGGACGGAAGUGGUAAAUAAAACAAUGGGGGCGGGCCAUGUGCGGACUCACCUAUCACCUGCUGCUGUGCGACCUGGUUCCAAACAGGCCACGGACCGGUACCGGUCCACGGCCCAGGGGUUGGGGACCCCUGCUAUAGUUGAUUUGAGUUUCCAAGGACAUUCGAAUUUGUGCUUUGAAAUCCAAAAAACUGUAAUCCGAAACAAAUCGCUAAUAUGUGCACAUUGUAUAUCGCUGUAUAUAUUUCUCUGUAAAUACCUUUGUCUUUAUUUGACCAAAGAAUGUUAGCAUAUCUAUAAUUUGGACAUGCUGCUAGACAAACACUGUUUUUCCCUUAUCUUUGUUCGCCAGUUUUACACACUUUUUUUUAGCUAGAAUUCAACGUUUUAUAUCUAAAUAAACUGAUUUAUGAAAUGUG